CGCGAGACAACGAGAUUCUGGCGGCUGCGCGCAGAGGGUGGAGGGAGUGAGGAGGAAGAGGAGGAGGUGCGCUCCCACAAUACCAGGCGGGAGGGCGGGUAGGCGGUUUGUAUCCGGGCAGUGAGGUGCUCGGAGCCUCGGCGGACCUUGCUGCCUUAGUCUCUUUAACGCGAGAGGAAGCGAUGCAGAGGGGUGGAAAAUGGCAGAGCUGCAGAUGUUACUAGAGGAGGAGAUCCCGUCUGGCAAGAGGGCGCUGAUAGAGAGUUACCAGAACCUGACUCGGGUGGCGGACUACUGUGAAAACAACUACAUACAGGCUACAGACAAGAGAAAAGCUUUAGAAGAGACCAAAGCCUAUACAACCCAAUCUCUAGCUAGUGUUGCUUAUCAAAUAAAUGCAUUGGCCAACAAUGUACUCCAAUUGCUGGACAUCCAAGCCUCUCAACUUCGGAGAAUGGAGUCUUCCAUCAACCAUAUCUCACAGACUGUGGAUAUUCAUAAAGAGAAAGUGGCUCGAAGAGAAAUUGGUAUUUUGACAACAAAUAAGAAUACAUCAAGAACUCACAAAAUCAUAGCACCUGCAAAUAUGGAACGCCCUGUAAGGUAUAUUCGGAAACCUAUUGACUACACAGUUCUGGAUGAUGUGGGCCAUGGUGUGAAGUGGCUAAAAGCCAAGCAUGGAAAUAACCAGCCUGCGAGAACUGGCACACUGUCGAGAACAAAUCCUCCCACUCAGAAACCGCCAAGUCCUCCUAUGUCAGGCCGGGGAACAUUGGGACGGAAUACUCCAUAUAAAACCCUAGAACCUGUUAAACCCCCAACAGUUCCUAAUGACUACAUGACAAGUCCUGCUAGGCUUGGAAGUCAGCAUAGUCCAGGCAGGACAGCUUCUUUAAAUCAGAGACCAAGGACACACAGUGGGAGCAGUGGAGGAAGUGGAAGUCGAGAAAACAGCGGAAGCAGUAGUAUUGGCAUUCCCAUUGCUGUGCCUACACCUUCACCACCCACCAUUGGGCCAGAAAACAUUUCUGUCCCUCCUCCUUCUGGAGCUCCACCAGCACCACCUCUCCCACCACCUCUCCCAGUGAGCACUGUGAUAGCAGCCCCGGGCUCAGCUCCUGGUUCCCAGUAUGGCACAAUGACCAGGCAGAUAUCUCGGCACAACUCUACCACUUCUUCGACAUCUUCUGGUGGAUACAGACGAACUCCCUCUGUGACUGCUCAGUUUUCUGCUCAGCCUCAUGUUAAUGGAGGGCCACUUUAUUCUCAAAAUUCAAUUUCUAUUGCUCCACCCCCACCCCCUAUGCCUCAGUUGACUCCACAGAUACCUCUCACAGGCUUCGUGGCCAGGGUGCAGGAAAACAUUGCUGAUAGUCCAACUCCUCCACCACCACCCCCACCAGAUGACAUUCCAAUGUUUGAUGACUCUCCACCUCCACCACCACCACCUCCAGUGGAUUAUGAAGAUGAAGAGGCUGCAGUAGUUCAGUAUAACGAUCCAUAUGCAGAUGGGGAUCCUGCUUGGGCCCCCAAGAAUUAUAUUGAGAAAGUUGUUGCAAUAUAUGAUUAUACAAAAGACAAGGAUGAUGAGCUGUCAUUUAUGGAGGGUGCAAUCAUUUAUGUUAUAAAGAAGAAUGAUGAUGGCUGGUAUGAAGGAGUCUGCAAUCGAGUGACUGGUCUGUUCCCUGGGAACUAUGUUGAAUCAAUCAUGCACUAUACUGAUUAAUUUUUUUCUUUUAAAGUAGGUUCUUGUUAUUACUCAGUCAUACUGUGGGACUAUUAUGGUUAACAGAAUUGUCUUACUGUUUUAAAAUGUGCCCAUAUUUUUCAGGAAUUGCUGUUUUAUUGGUAUAAUUGAAUGUCUACCUAUAAGCAUAAGUCUUUGAGACAGUUUGUGUAUUGCUGAACAGCAGCUUAUACAAGAGACUGUCCAUACCUGAUUAUGCUUAUGUACUUACACAUUUUUAACUUCAUGACCAGCCUAAAUGUUCUGGGGAAGAGGGGUAUAAUAUUUAAUGAAUCAUGAUUCAGAUUUUACCAUUAUAUGUUUCAGUGCAGCAUGGUUACUAACGCUACGUGAGACUAAUAUUAAAAUCAGAAAACUUAAAUGCUGGUGCUGGUCAUACUUUUUGUUUAGAUUCUCACUUAAAAAAAAAAAACUUUGUUUAAAGCAUGCAUAAAAAUGUAUGUAUUGAAAUAUACUUAAAAAUUCCAAGAUGCUUCCAAUUUAUGUAAUGUUUACCUGGAGUACUCACUCAUAUUUAGGUCUUUUGAAAUGAAUUGAGUCCCCAAGGUCUCUAUGUGAAACUAAAGAAACAGAAAGAGUUAUCUGUAAUCUUGUAAUUUGUACCUAAGUUUUUUAAUGAGUGAAAUUUUUUCCAUUCAUAAAUAUUUAAGUGAACCAAAGGUUUUUGUCCUUUCCUUCACUGGUUUGCUUUAAAAAAAAUAAAAUAAAUAAAAGAUAAUGAUUUAUUGCAGAA